GAACGGAGUGAAGCGAAACGGGACAUUACUACUGAAAGCGCGCGCACAUACACGCACGGGUGUCAUUCCAUGCACCAUACACUCGCCUCCCUUCACUAAGCGUCUAUCAAAACACAUCUUGCGGACCCUCUCUCCGUCACAUCCACGGCUUUAUGGCCGCUACGCUUCUUACGAUGAGCGCUGCGCUCGCACCGGGACAAGAUGACUUUCUCUCGCUUCUCAAACCAUCACUGUCCGACGGCUUUCAGGAGGACUCCUGUCUGUUUGCCUUUGAAACCAAGAAUCCCGACACGGAAAGGAGCUUAACAAACGAAUAUUCUCAGGCUAAACAAGAGAUGGAUAAAUAUCUGUCUCCACAACCUGUGGCUCUCCCUGACCCAAAGAAAUCAAGACGAGAGAACAUCUCUGUAAUGGACCAGUAUUUCAGGGACGACCACGGGUCCCCCUUCAGCAUCAAUAUGAACGUCUUCCUCCCCGACAUUGCUUAUCUAAGAACGGGAAUGUGCCGGCCAGCACGGCCUUCAGUCCCCAGCCAGGUCAAAACUGAACCUGUAGCGGCGCCUUUCUCUCAUCCCGAGUGUCCGGUGAGCUCGACCGGCCCCGCUCCAUCCACACUGCCCGAUUUCACCAGCAUCUUUAACUCGAAUUCCACUUCGGGUUCUGAAAUCAAUCCCAUGGACAUUAACUCUGGGGUCUUUGUCAAGCAGGAGAUGCAAGGCUUUGACAUCCCACAGGAUGGACCGCUCUUCCAGCUCCUCAACUCGGAGUUGGACAUCCCCCAUCAAGCCGAUUCACACUCCCACCCUCACGCUCACUCUGUGCCCUCACAGAUGCCUACUUUCCACGACCUGCACUUGGCGACCCAACAGACUGCUGCCAAGCCAUACUGUGGCAUGCCUGCCACCGGCUACCCUCUCGGCCCGGGUCACUUUGUGCAUCCUCAGGGUCAGCCCCACUCACAGCUCAAAAUGCCCUAUCUUCCCCCCUCGCCUCCUACUUCAGAACCUGGCAGUCCUGACAGACAGAAGGAGCUGCUUCACAAUCUGACACCACCACCAUCUUACGCCGCCACUAUCGCCUCCAAAAUGACUGUCCAUGCACCCAGUCACCCAACACCCACCUCGACACGAGCUCUCACGACCACUGGGUCCAUGCCAGUUCGUAACAACAGACGAACAAACCCAGACCUUGAGAAAAGACGGAUACACCACUGUGAUUUUGCAGGUUGUAAGAAAGUUUACACCAAGUCGUCCCACCUGAAAGCUCACUUGAGGACACACACUGGUGAGAAGCCGUAUAGGUGCACGUGGGAGGGCUGCGACUGGCGGUUUGCUCGUUCCGAUGAGCUGACGCGUCACUUCAGGAAGCACACGGGAGCCAAACCCUUCCAGUGCUCUGUGUGCAACCGCAGCUUCUCUCGCUCUGAUCAUCUCGCCCUGCAUAUGAAGAGGCAUCAGAAUUAGACACAAAGACUCACAUACCUGUUAUUAUUAUGCACUUGAAGUGAUGACAGAACGACUUGUCUCUUUCUCUACACCGCGACGAACCUUAUAAUGUUUAGGGUAAUCAUCUUUCUCUGAUCUGUCGAGAGCGUUGAGCUGUAAACUUUAGAUAUUUCCACGAAAUCCAGUUUCUUGUUGUUCGGUACCUUUUUCCUGUCCCUUUAGGAUGUAUAGAUCAGAUUUCCGUUAGGAGGACCCUCAUCUCAUUUUGACAUUCUCUUUAAUACAAAUAAGCUGUCUAAUUAGAAGAAGAAAUGUUUUUAAACAUAAUGAAAUCAACUGUAAAAUACACCGGAUUCAUUCUUGUACAUCUGCAAAGCACUAAGACUAACUAACUCCCAUUUUUACUUUGCACUUGAAUUUGACUGGAAAAGAUGGAUAUCUUAAUAUAUAUCACUGGAAUAGUUACUGCUCAUGCUGGGGUUUCAGGUAACCAACCUAUACUGCGAUUCCCUCUUUUUAGUUGCUGAAGUAUUUAUAGCUUUGGAUGAUAAUGUGCUGCUACUGAACAGCAAUUAUUUCAUGAAUUAUUAAACAAUGGUAUAGAAAAAGCAAUGAGAAGUUGGAAAAGGGCUUUAGACAGCUGUGUGAUUUGUACAGUCCCCUUUAUACACACCGAAGCACGCUGAACAGUUGUUUUCCUACUGUCAUUGAUGCAUAAGCUCAUAUGAAUGUACCAGACCACAGU